AUGCCUCCAAAAUCUAAUCAGUUCAAUAAAAAGAAGACUAAGCUUUAUAAUAGUCGGGCAAUUCGAUCUCAGAAUUCUGAUAAAGACUUUAAAGAUGGGAUACUAUCGGUUCCACAAUUCUUAGCAUCGAGAGAAUUUGAAAUAAAAGCGUUUGAAUUAUCCCAAUUGAAUACUAAAUAUGCUUCAUCUACAAGGGUAUUUCAAAGUCUUCCGAGGAGCUUGAGAAGGAGGGCAGCAUCUCAUAAUGUAAAGAGAAUACCCAAGAGAUUAAGAAAUAAAGCCAUUAGAGAAAUGCAAAAUUCAAUCAAUGGAGUACCAGCCAAAAAACACCACCCUAGGGGCCGUGAAUUAUACAGGUUACGAACUACGAAGAAACUAUUAAGGUUGGCAUCCAAAAUCAAUGCACUUAAGUCUGUGCCAACUGCCGAAAUCAAUGGAAAACUUAAAUUAAGACAAAAGAUUAAAAUUUUGAAUGAACAGAUAAAAGAAUUGGAAGAUGGGAAAACUGAAAAUUUCAAAGAAAAAUUGUCCAAUUAUGGAUCAUGUGAUAAUACUGGAAUCAAUCAAUUAGCACCAAAACCAAGAGGAAAAUUAAAGUAUAGCCAAAGACAAAGAGAAUUUGUCUGGCUUCCAACGCAUAUUUGGCAUGCUAAAAGAUUUCAUAUGAUCAAAAAAUGGGGAUAUCAGAUACCACUUAAGCCAACUCAGAAAUGUUUCAAAGCAAUUAGUAGAGCAUCUAAAUCGGGAUGUAUCAUAUAUGAAGGAUCAUUCAAUGGAACGAUGAUUAUUGACUUGAAAGAUGAAGAAUCAAUGAAAUUGUUAAUACAGCAAAUCAGUAAAUUCAAAAAGAAAGUUCCUGAACAAUAUUUUCGGGGAAAAUCAUAUGAUGACUGGAUCUACAUCGGAGAAAACAAAAUCGGAAAAGGGUUGAUAUUUGCCGAUAUGAAUACCAAGAAGGUGAUGCUUAGGGUCAAUCCUUCGUUAUAUACUGGAUUAUUUGAGCAUGUUGUUGAAUUGGUUAAAGGUCAAGGUAAUGUUAAUGAUUGUAGAUAUUCGAUAGGUUCCAUUGAAGUACAUGGACCUAGAUCAUUAAAUUCACUAAGUCAAAUUUUCCAUUUUACUGAAGCCAGUGAAAUUAAAUCGAAUUGGAUCCAGAUAAGUCAGCAUAAAGAUACUUCGCUAAUCCCGGCUGGAACAACUUUUGCAUUUAGUAUAAAAGAUCCAAGGUAUUGGAAGCAUCCAGUGAAUCCACCACCCUCCAACUCCCAAACCAGUUUGAUUGAAACUAUAAGAGGAAGUAGUCACAAUAAGAUAAUACCAGAAGCCAUCAAUCAACUAUUUGAUAAUCACCAGCGAGAGAUUUCUUAUGAGAACCAGAAAUCAUUGAAGCAAUUGGGGAAAGAGUAUUCAAUGAUUAAAGCUACAGAUAACUCGAUAAGGGAUAAGGAAGGGUCGAUUCCAAUCAUGAUUACCAAAUUAAGCAAUGAUAAUUGGGUUGUUAUAAUACCCUGGUUUUGGGUUUUACCAAUCUGGUAUAAAUUGAAUGAGGUACGAGCAGUUCAAGUUGGCGGGCUUAAACAGAUUCAUCAAAUUAAUCUUGAAAACAACAAAAGUAGUUAUCCUACUGAUUAUCCAUUUUUAAACCAAGGAAUGCUUGAGAAUCAUUUGAUUAGGCAAUUGGAGAGAGAUGUUUAUAUGAAGAAACCCAAAAGCAAAAAAUCAUUUGAUGAAUAUGAAUAUGGGUUUGUUAAUAAUUUAAGUUGUGAUUGGUAUUUUUUAAGUAAAUUAAGAUAUGGAUUAAUGAAUUUGAGUGAAGAGGUGAAGAACAACUUCGAAAUCAAAUAUGCAUCUUUUGAUGAAUUGAAUGGACGUAGAGAAAUACAAACAUUAAGGGACUUAUUUGUAAUGAUACAUAAAUCAAGAAUUGAAAAUCCUCAACUAGAAAUAACCUCUAAUCCUUUAGUUAUUUAUAAUGGGAAAAAUGAAUUACAUCAGAAUUUUAUCAAGCAGCAGGUUAAAAUCGACUAUACGAAGGAGAAGUUCCCGGCAUUGCCAGUGAUUCAAAUCAAACUACAAUUACAAACCAAAGGUUUUAUCACAGAUCAUGCAAGAAUCUAUGAAUAUACCAAAACCCCAACCAAUGACCAAUUCCAAUUUAAAAACUUAAUUGGAUUCGUCACCAGCGGUGCCUACAACUUGACCUUGGGUAAGCCGAGCGCAGUCGGGUGUGUGAGUGCUGAGUUGGCCAAGGGCCCCAUCCUUAUUAAGAACGUUGGCUCUUCUAGGUUUCUAGCAGCCAAUUGGGAAAAGAUUUGA